AUGUUUUAUUAUUCUACAUUCGUUACGAUGGUUUUAGUCUUGUGUCUGGCCGCUUUACCAUUUUGUGAAGGUAAGUAAGAUCAGUGUCUAGCGACAAGCCCCCUGACUAACGUCCUUUUGUGAUGCCGACUGUGCCUAAUUUAUAGAUAUGUCGGGUUGCUUCGCUUGAUGAGUUUGCCUUUUCUAAAUAAAACUCAGUGAAUUUACGGCUUUAGAAGACAACUUGUGUUUACAACUAGAGCAGUCUUCCCACCCUCCCGCAUCCCCCAUAGGUAUGGUGGAGAGUUUUUUGUAGAAUUUAUUUUUUAUUACAUAAUAAUUUCUCUUUCCGACUCAGGAUCAAAGACAAACGGUUCAAGAAAUGAAUACGAGACACCCACAAACCUGUGUAUAGCCCUGUUAUUACUGUUUAUCGCUUGGCUUACUGUUCUCUUAAUUAUCUUCUUAUACUGUCGGCGUUAUCUGCUCGGGAGUCGUCCAAACAGGUUAGUCAAGGAUAGAAAACGGGUCAAGUUUGAUCUCUUGAUUGGGAGAAUUUGUCGUACUUUAAUAUGUUUAAAAAGAAAUCCUGAAGAGAACACAAAUCUCGUAUUUAGAGCGCGUGGCUUUUCCAUCAGCAGGAGGGUCUGUUUACACGCUUAUAGGGAAGCCUGAAUUCGGCCCUAGGUAUCAACUGAUCAUUUGGUAGUUUCAACUAAAAGUAAAGGUAAUUUUAUCAUCCCGGCAUCCUGGCGUGCGCCCUUUUUUUAAUUGGAUAGGCACCUGUUUUACACAGAUAUCUGUACUAUGUAGUUUUUGGUCAAAUUUCAAUAACUUUUUGAAACUGCCCUUUUUGCAAUUUAGUGUCUACUUUAACUGAGUCUGCAAACUCAUGGUGAUACUUACUAUUUUGGUUUUGCUUUUUUACUUUUACAGAAACGCAGUAAGCCUUGAAACACAUUUGGGAGAAACAGAAAUGGAGGAAUGGGGUUCCACACAGAGAACACUUAUGAACCUGUCGCACAAGGAACCAAUUACGGAGAAGCACGAUAGGUCCACACAAACAGAGCACCUAUUGAUUGAGUCCCUAGCGACACCAGAACGACAAGCAAAGCGCCUCUCUCCCAUUCAACACAGAAUCUCGACUGACCAUUGA